UAGAAUAUUCUAUUUAUAUUAGAUAGCUGCAAUAGCUCAACAAUAACUCAGCCCUUGUACCCGAGAGAGGCUUUCGGGAAUCAUAUGACCCGCUGCCGCUCAUUCCAAAGAUAACCGACUGUUGACCGCUCGCGCUACCGCAGCUUUCUCGCUCCUUCAAAAAAACCCAAAAAAAACACAGUCCUCGAGCGUGCCGCACCGGACCCCGCGCAUUAGAAAACAAGACGUUUGGAGGAUGUACUACAACACCGCGCAACGACAGAAAGAACUUGGAUAUUAGGAUAAGAAACACCGCUCUUCGUUGUGUAAAGGGUUUUACAGUUGAAAAAGGGACACUGACAGAGCCACAAUGCCAGAAGAAAAAGGUAAUAUACCGCAGUGUUUCAUCAGCAGGCUGUCCACAGCCCUCUGGAGCAGGGGAAACAGGGGGGCAGCAGCAGUUCCAUCCCCUGUCAGAACUGUGGCAAGGCCUGCAAGGGAGAGGUGCUGCGCGUGCAGAACAAACACUUCCACAUCAAGUGCUUCGUCUGCAAAGUGUGUGGCGUUGACCUGGCCCAAGGGGGGUUCUUUGUGCGCCAGGGGGAGUACAUCUGCACCCUGGACUACCAGCGGAUGUACGGCACGCGCUGCUUUAGCUGUGAGGAGUUCAUCGAGGGAGAGGUGGUGUCGGCCCUGGGCAAGACCUACCACCCACGCUGCUUCGUCUGCGCCAGCUGCAAACAGCCAUUCCCUGCCGGUGACCGCGUGACGUUUAACGGUAAAGAGUGUAUCUGCCAAAACUGUACACAGCCCCUGCCUGCCAACAGCCCUGCUCCCAUACAGGCUGUCCACAACUGCUGUGGCUGUGGGAAGGAGUUUAAGAACGAGCAGUCCCUGGUAGCGCUGGACAAACACUGGCACCUGGGCUGCUUCAAGUGUAAGGUGUGCAACAAGGUGCUCAACGCAGAGUACAUCAGCAAGGAUGGGAUCCCCUACUGCGAGGUGGACUACCAUGCCAUGUACGGCAUCCAGUGUGACAGCUGCAAGAAGUACAUCACUGGGAAAGUACUGGAGGCUGGGGAGAAACACUACCACCCCUCAUGUGCCCGCUGUGCCAGGUGUGAGCAGAUGUUUGGCGAGGGAGAGGAGAUGUACCUGCAAGGUAACUCUAUCUGGCAUCCUCCCUGCAGACAGGCAGCCAGACAGGAGGAGAAGAGUAAGAAACAGGUCCGGAUACAGCUCAAUGACGUCUCUGAGCGGCAGGUGACCAGGACCUCCUCUGAGAGCAUCACCUCUGUCCCAGCCUCCAGUGCAUCUGGCUCUCCCAGCAGGGUCAUCUACGCCAAACUAGGAGAUGAGAUGCUGGACUACAAAGACCUUGCCGCGCUGCCAAAGAUCAAGGCGAUCUACAACAUCGACCGGCCAGACAUGCUCUCCUACGCUCCUUAUGUCAGCUACCCCUCAGAGGAACGACACUACGGAGAUUCACCGCAGUUGCUCUCUCCUACUCCAACAGAGGGCGACGGAGAGAAGUCUCCCCGUCAGAGGAGGCCCUCCAGCCCCAGCUCCAACAGCUCCCUGGGGAGGUAUGGAGGGUACACCCCGUCCCGCUCCCCCCAGAACUACAGCAGGCCAGAGGAUCUUUAUAUGGCCAGUAAAGCAAUGGGUAAUAGAUACGACGGCCAGCCCCUUGACUCCAGCUCCCUCCCCCGCCCCUCAGCCUACACGGGGGGGCCUAAGUACCUUUCCCCCUUGGCUAGAGACUCCUCCUCCGUCCCCAUGCACUACUCAGAGGGCCUACCCCCCAAGUACUCUGGGGUGCUGCAAAUGCCUGGCGGGAUGACAGUGCCUGGCAGAAUCUCUCCCAGGGGCAGAGUCUCUCCUGGAGGCAGAAACUCUCCUCUGCCCCUCAAUCCCACCACCCUGGCCAUGCUCCAGCAGCACAACUAUGUGCCCUACUUCAGAGGCCUCAAACAGGACCCCCUACUACCACCUGAAUCUAAACCUAAGACGUUCCUGCAUCUCAAUUUACCUCCUCACAGUCACGGUAGUGAAAGUGGUCGGAGUACACCCAGUUUGUCCACCUAUUCCGACGGCAAAUCUCCCUCCUCCACCUAUGUGGCUGCUCCCAGGCAUUUCCACGUACCAGAGACUAAGGUCAAGAUAGAUAAUAUCUAUAGAAAACCCCCUAUCUACAAGCAGCAUGCCUCUAGAACAUCCUGGCAAGAAGGGGACGACGUCAAGACAAGGACCAGUUGGAUGAUCUUGAAGAGUGAGAUAGAUGGCCAACCUCUCCCAGAGGACCUGCUGGACCCCAGGAAGUCCACCUGCAGCCUGCCCACUGACGCCUCCCUGCCCAACUUCCCCUACAGCAAGUCUGCUUCACUGCCGGGAUAUGGAAGAAAUGGAAUAUACAAGGAGGUUGCCGACCAUGCUGAGGAUGAGCCAGACCAGCAGGACUCCCACAGCUGGGGAGGAAUGAGAGAGUACAAGGUGUACCCUUAUGAGGUGCUGGCUGUGACUCACAGGGUGAGGGUGAAGCUACCCAGAGAUGUGGACCGUACCAGACUGGAGAGACACCUCUCCCCAGAGGACUUCCAGCAUGUGUUCGGGAUGACCCUGGAUCAGUUUGACCGCAUGGCCCUGUGGAAGAAGAACGACAUGAAAAAGAAGGCACGCCUUUUCUAAAGCCAAGUGACUGUAACAGGGAGAAAAUAACAUCUCUAGUCUACAACGUCUGUCCAGUCUGGAAGAAAGGAAAUCAAAGAAAAAAAACAUCAGAAAUCAUCUAUAUAUGCACCGCCAUACUACGCUACACCUGCGAAACAUAAUCUCUGCCAGAAUAAGGAAGGGGGAGACAUUUUCACAAUGUCGCCGUGACCGACAUCCAUUGUUGAAGCAAUGUUCGUCACAUAUAGCUUUUGUAUGCGUUGUGGUCUGAAUGUUAUUUUUAUAACCUUUGGGGAGGUGGGGGAGAUGCAUUUGCAUGGCCCGUGACACCACUCCUCCCCUUCCCCUCUCCCUGCCUCUAUGUGAGUUCUGCAUCCCCCUCCCCCUUCCUCCGCAAAAAGAGAAAUAGCAGCUUUUCUAAAAUCCUUGUGCAGGCUUUUUUCUCUUUGUCUGUUUCUUACUGGUUCAACGUGUGCCUCUUUUACUGUCUUUAUCUCGACUUGGAACAAUAUCUCUUACUGUUUUUUAUCCGUUUCGUUUUCCCCUCUUUUAUCGUUCCUGCUAUCUGUUUUUCUUACCCUCUCUAAGGUCUCUCUCUCUCACUUGAUCUUUCCUUAUCUACCGUGUCUCACUUAAGGUCUCUCUCUCUCUGUCAUCCCCCCUCCCUCGCUCUCUUUCUCUUACCAACUCGCCUCUUCUCUCCGUCUUUUUCCACCUCAUUUUCUUUUCUUUCUUUCUUUCUUUCUUUCCCCGCAGUAGCCUGUGCUAGCCUCUAACUCACCACAACAUAGUCUCAUAUCUGAACAACAAAUGUAUCAUUUUACAGCAGUGGAGGUUAAGAUAGGAAAAGUUUCUUCUCCUUUUUUAAGUGGGUAGUUUGUUUGAUAGCCAUGCCAUGAUUUGUUGAUAGAGGGCUGUAUCUUACACACGCCACUCAUAAAUCAGUGAAGAUGGGAGUGUUGGGGUUGGAUCAGAGCCAACAGCAUGAAUCAUGGGUAAAAACCGUACCAUAGGCACAACUGAUACCCAUAGCAGAUGUAUAGAGCCUCAGGUUCUUUCAAGUCAUGUUGUCAAACACUGCCUUGCCAGACACUUUUACGUAAAUCCCUUCCCAUCAAAAACCUACAUUAUUUUUAUAAGCUAUUUUUGACUCCUGGAUGGCUGUCAUCCAUUUUGUGGACGUUUUCAGAUGUGAGAAUCAUGGUGUUAUGACACCUUUAUCAUCUGCUCCCCCCUCAUUGUCCUUACACUAUAACACAGACCUGCAGCAGCACUUGAGUAUAACAAGUUAAGUCUUGCUUAAUGAAUUAAUAAUGACAUAUUGUGCUAUCUAUCUGUACCUUCUGUGAUAGAGAAUUAACCCUUUCUAUGUUUGUUGUUUGUAAAUCAUUUGGCAUCCACUGCCACAUAUGUAGUGGAAAAACGUAUAUUGGCUUUGCUAAGUCUCCAGAAACUCAAACAAUAAUUCAACCAUAAGUGGCAUACAAUAUACAUGUGACAUACAGCGUACACAUAUUUGUCUCAAGAGUUUUAUGCAAGCCAAGGUAUAUAUUGCCUCUAGGGCAUGCAUGCAUAUGAGAGAUUGUUGAGAUCAUCUACAAUGGAAAUGUAUGAAAAUGUUUGUAGAAACAUUCUCUCUGUGUGCUUGGUUUCUCAAUUUUGAUCAUUUUGGGUAAUUAUUUUCCGCACAUUUUGUAACAACUUUUGUCCAAUGAAAAGCCCAAUUCAGAUGCUUUUGUUUGGUAUGUAUUUAUAGACAUUUAAAAGGGAGGAUGAGGAAGGUAUCUUUAAAUAUAAUGGCUAUAGGGCAGGUGUAUUGGAAAAUAUAUGCUAAAUAUAAAUUAAAAAUACAAUCAAUCUGAAUAAAUAUCAAAUUAGAGUUUUGCUCCAUCUGUUGUCAUAAAAGCUCAUAUCUCCUGAUUUCUAAUGUCAAUCUGAAAUUAAAGCGCUUUAUCCAAAUCAAAUCAAAUGUAUUUAUAACACCCAUUUUACGUCAGCAGAUGUCACAAAGUGAUGAUACAGACACAAUGGAGUCCACAACUUAUUAAAGUGCUUGAGUGUGCCUCGUUGAAUGUGAAUGCCGAUAAUGUUGCAAAAUGCAUUGUCAAAUCUAAUGUCUGCUUAUAUCGAAUGAUAAUUUAUUCAGUUUGGAAGAAUGAUGUGUGUAUGGAUGUGUGUAAGUUGACCUUUUUGGUUUGUGGAUCACUGUUACGACAUAAUUGUAACAUUGAAAGAAGGUUGAUGUAACGUUAUCAAUGGUGAGGAGGGCUUUCCCAGAACAGAGAUCACAAUGGAGGGCUGUUGGGAAAGACUGUUUGUUUUUGUGUUUGAACAGCUGUGGAAACAGUAGUGUAAGCUGAGAAGCAGAAACUAAGGAACACAUAUCCAGGCCUGAGCUCUGAACUUGCCCUUAGGCACUCACAGAUCUGGGAUCAGAUUCCAUUCUCCUAAUCCUAACCUUAACUAUUAGGGAGGAAAUGCAUCUUAGUUGAGUCAGUGUCUUCACUUAGAAAAAAAGGGUUCUUCGGCUGUCCCCAUAGGAGAACCUUUUUUGGUUCCAGGUUGAACUCAUUUGUCAUUUGGGUUCCAUGUACUCAACUGAAACCAACAAGGGUUCUUCAAAGGGUUCUCCUAUGGGGACAGCCAAAGAACCCUUUUAGGUUCCUGAUAGCAGUGUAGGGCCAAGUGCAUUCUGUUUUGCUCAAGGGUCAGGCCAGAUCAGCAGAGCUCAGAUAGCCCAGAUACACACCAGGCCAGAUUGCACAACCAGAGCCCCGUUCAUCAUCUCUUUAUACAAACAGGCCUACAACUCAGAGGAAUCAGCUGCGUGUCUCUCUUACAUCAAGGUCAAUACAGUGUUGGAUUCACAACUUUAUUUAUGCUUUUGAUACAGGAAAUCAGAAGGAGCUGCCCAAUAGACACUUUGCUUCUGAUUUAUUUUGAAUAUAGAGACAUAAUAACAUAUCAUAUCGUCAAUGUGUGGCUUCUGUUUUUGCUUGUUUGAUUGUAAUGGAAGCCAGAUAUUUAUGAAUAUCCUAUGUAUGCAGGUAUAUGUCCAUUGCGCCACUAUAGUCACAGAAGUGUAUUACCAUGUUUGUUAUAGAAUGUCCGGUGAAAAUAAGUCUGCCUCAUUGCAUUAACCCUAAUGUUAUGGGAUGACUAGUCUUUAUCAAAUAUGUUGUUCCUUUAACUUAAUGACUAGGCUUAACGCGAAGCCGUCUCUGUAGCACACAAUUAGAAUUAUGCUGACAUUGCCGUUAUGCAAUAUGAUGAUGUUAAAAUGAAUUUGGUUCUGUCAAUCUAUUAUUUUGCACUGUGUAACCAACGGAUACCAUAUGCUGUGAUUUGAUGUAGUUGAGGCUCUGUGGAGGAUGAUGAGAGGAUGAAAACAUGGGUUAAUAUUAUUCUAAUGCUGUAACUAAGCCUUUUGUUUAGAUUUUAGCUUUUGUUCUUAUUUGGCUUCGCUGGUUUGCAAGAAAUACUGAUGUCCGUCUUUAAAUAAAUGUUUCAUUCAAUACCGUU